GUGGUGCUCAGCCCUGGACGAUUGAUUUGGCGUAGUGGUUAACAUUUACAAUGGGGAAGAAGGGCACUCCAACUUCCUCCCUCGGGAGAAGCAUAAUAAAGGACAGGUUCGGAAAGAAGAGUAGAUCAGGACAUUCUCUGUUACACACUUCAGAAUUAGAAGAUGGGCAAGAUUGGAAUCGAAUCAACUUUCAAUCUAUCACUGAACAGACUCAUGUGGAUGACUUUUUGGCAACAGCCGAGCUAGCUGGGACUGAGUUUGUGGCCGAAAAAUUGAAUAUGAAAUUUGUGCGUCCUACCACAGUAGCUGGUAUGCUGACGGAAGAAGAGAAGAGAAAGGUUCUAGCAGCACAAGAAGCCAACAAGGAGCUAUUAAGCAUUCCCCGCAGGCCACCAUGGGACAUAACAACCACACCAGAGCAGUUAGCCGAAGCAGAACGCACCAGCUUUCUCUCGUGGCGCAGAAAUCUGGCCAAACUCCAGGAGGUUGAGGGCAUUACUCUAACUCCAUUCGAAAAAAAUCUGGAGUUCUGGAGACAAUUGUGGAGAGUGAUAGAAAGAAGUGAUGUUGUCGUUCAGAUUUUAGAUGCUCGUAACCCCCUCCUUUUCCGAUGUGAGGAUCUCGAAGCCUACGUCAAGGAGAUUAAUCCAAAUAAGGAAAAUCUGCUGCUGAUCAAUAAAUCGGACUUUCUAACCGAGGCUCAGAGAGAAGCAUGGGUGCAGUACUUCAAACAAAACAACAUCAAAGCAGUUUUCUUCUCUGCUCUGAAUGGACAAGAACUUGAUGUAAUUAGAGAGGAGGAAGAACACGCAGGAAAGGAAGCAGAGGUGAAGGAGACUGAAGAGCAAGAUGAUGAACUAGGUCACAGUGAAGAUGCUAAUAUUGAAGAGUGCCGCAAGGACCUUCAAAACUUAUCAGCCAAACUAAAUGAACAUAUAAGUGGUAAUGUCAAAACCGAUUCCACUAUAGAAAAAGAUCAGUCUACACUGUCAGAGCAGUCUACUUCCCGUUUGUCACAGUCGGAAUCUUCAGAUUUUAUCACGUCAAGCCGCUUGUUAAGCAGAAGCGAGUUGAUGGAAGUCUUUCGUACAAUUUACACAAAGAAGAGAAUAUUGGAGAAGUCGGUCACUAUUGGCCUAGUUGGGUACCCUAAUGUUGGCAAAAGUUCAACUAUCAAUUGUCUCAUGGAAGAUAAGAAAGUUUCCGUGUCAGCCACUCCUGGGAAAACAAAGCACUUUCAGACUUUGUUUUUAAGUGAGGACAUCUUGUUGUGUGAUUGUCCUGGGCUAGUGUUCCCAGCCUUUGUUACAACCAAGCAGGAAAUGAUCAUCUCAGGAAUUCUCCCAAUUGAUCAGAUGCGUGAUGAAGUUCCUCCUAUUAACCUUGUAUCCAGCCACAUCCCACGGGAAGUGUUUGAGAAUACGUAUGGCAUUAGUAUUCCUCCUCCUAUGGAAGGAGAAGACCCAGACCGACCACCAACAUCAGAGGAGUUAUUGAACACAUAUGGAUUAAUGCGAGGGUUUAUGACUCAACGUGGUCUCCCUGAUAAUCCACGAUCUGCACGUUACAUACUGAAAGACUACGUGAAUGGCAAGCUCCUAUAUGCACAUGCGCCUCCAACAGUAUCCCAGGCAGAGUAUCAUACAUAUACUCUUUCAAAGAUGCGAAAAGCAGGAGGACAGAAGCCUACUCCGCAGCAGUUAGCAACCCGUCCAUAUCAGAUAAGGCCAGAAAUGAUUGACAGAACAUUUUUUGCUACGACAUCGUCACAGUACCAUGUUAAAGGAAUAAAUACAGGAGGCAUCAUGGGAAAACAACGUGGUUCUGGAGUCGAUGGCCAGCCAAGAAAGAAAAACUUUAAGAAGAGGGAGAAGCUGAGGAGGAGGUUUGCUCAUCUUGAUCAGUAAAACUGGACUCUGGAAUUCUGGGUUCAAAUCCCAGACGGAACGGAAAUGGUUGGCCGUGUUUCCUGUCAUCUAAUGUCCUGUUCAUCUAGCAGUAUUGGUACUGUACUGGAUCCUCAGGCAGUAGCCUAAAGGUUAGGCUACAAGUGUACAAGGAUUAUAUGCGAUGCAAUAAAAAUAUAUAUUUCGGA